AACAGUUUAACAACAAAAAAAGAAAAAAAAAAAUUUAAGGAAAAUUUUUCAUUAUUUUGUUGUUUUAAGUUAAUAAAAUUAAAAUUUAAAAAAAAAAUAUUGUUGAAAAUUAAUUGAAAUUAAAAAAAAAAAAUUUAAUUUUAAUUAUUGCUACUUAAUUUUUUUGUUUACAUACUUACAAUAAGGAUCAAAAUAAUAUAAAAAAUUAAAAAAUAAAAUUAAAAACAGACACAAUUUAAUUGAAUUUUUUUAUUAGAUUUUUGGUUUUUUAAAUUGAAAGCAGAUUUUUUAGAAGUUCUAAAAAAAAUAAAAUAUAAUCUAGACUUAAUUACACUUUGGGUGUAAAGUAGAAGUCAUUGAAAUUGGCUUUAAGAAAAAAAAAUAUUUCAAAUGUUAAAACUAAAUUCAAAAUAUAAUUAAUAAACAUAAAAGAGUGCGAUUUAAAUGAAAAUUUAAAUUUUAUAAAAUCGGAUUAAAAAAGUGCUGAAAAACUUCCAAAUUAAAUAAAAAAUAAAAGUAUAUUUUGUAAAUCAUUCGAUUAUAUUUCCUCACUUUUCAAAUAUUUCAAGUUAAUUUUCAAUUUUUAUAAUACAUUAACGAAUGUAUAUGUUUUGAAAAGAGUUAAAAUAAUUAAAAAUCUUCCAAUAUGUCUGAAAUUGAAAAUAAUUUAUAUACAAAUGGUAUACCAGAAUGGUUUGCUGGAAAAAAUAUUUUGAUUUCUGGUUCAACUGGAUUUAUGGGUAAAGUUUUAGUGGAAAAAUUACUAAGAGAUUGUCCGGAUUUAAAACAAUUAUAUUUGCUGAUACGUUCAAAACGUGGAGUUGAUCCAGAAAAACGACGUGAUGAUUAUUUUAAAUGUGAAGUUUUUCAGAGACUUUUAGAAAAUAACAAUAAUAGCAAAAUUUUUAAUAAAAUAAAAUUAAUAAAAGGUGAUAUACUUGAAACUGAAUUGGGUUUAGAUGAAUUGGAUCAUAAUGAAUUAAUAGAAAAUGUUGAUAUUGUUAUACAUUGCGCAGCUAAUGUACGUUUUGAUCAGCCAUUAAAACAAAUCAUUGAAAUGAAUCUUGGUGGUACAGAAAAAAUGUUAAAAUUAGCUGAAAAAAUAAGAAAUUUAAAAGUUUUUACACACGUAUCAACGUCAUAUAGUCAUUGCAAAGAAGAUGUAUUGGAAGAAAGGGAAUACGAAAUUGAUCAUGACCCACUUGAAAUACUUGAAAUGUGUAGGAGUUUAGAUAAUGAUGUGUUAAAUAGAAUGACUCCAGGCUUACUGGAUGGAUUACCAAAUACAUACGCAUUUAGUAAAGCUGUUACUGAAGCUUUAAUAUGUCGAUAUGCAAAACGGUUACCAAUUGUUGUUUGCCGGCCAUCUAUAGUUGUAGCAGCUUUAAAAGAACCAAUGCCAGGAUGGGUUGAAGGUGUUAAUGGUCCAACAGGUUUAAUGGUUGGGGGUGCUCGUGGUGUAAUAAGAACUAUGUUAUGCAAUCCGGAUUACCCCGCAACAUCGAUUCCAGUUGAUACAGCUAUAAAUGGUAUUAUUGCUGCAACAUGGGAUCGUGGUCAAAUUAAAGUAGAUGAAGCGGAGUUUUAUAAUCUGGUUGUAUCUAAUAAAUAUUGUAUAACAUGGGGUGAAUCAAUUGAAUGUGGCCGUAGAAUACUUAAUGAAUUUCCAUUAAGUUUUGCAAUAUGGUAUCCUGCUGGAAAUAUAACACAAAAUCGAUUUAUACAUAACUUAAAAGUUAUGUUAUUCCAUUAUUUACCAGCUUUUUUCAUAGAUUUCAUUCUUAGAUGCUUAUUUCUAAAACCUUUUUUGGUUAAUAUACAACGUAAAAUUUCAAUGGGAUUGGAAAUGUUACAGUAUUAUACAAUGAAAACAUGGGUAUUUAAAAAUGAACGAUUGGAAAAAUUGCAGUUGAAAUUAAACUCAAGAGAUCAAGAAAAAUUUGAAUGCUUUUUGGAUCAAGUAUGCUGGGAAAACUUUAUUCGCUCAUACAUGUUAGGUAUACGACGUUAUAUAUUAAAAGAACCGAUGGAUAAUAUACCGAAAUGUAAAAAAAUUCAUCGUGCUUUAUAUGCAUUACAUAUAAUUGCUCAAAUAGCAUUUUACAUAUUAUUAUUUUGGCUUUUGUGGAAUAAUAUUGAUCGAUUAUGUAAUACUAUAUUUGGAUUUAAUAUUUCAUCAAUAAAAUUCUAUGGGAAACAACAAAGAAUGAUUAAAGAAGGUGGAGGAGGGGGUGGCUUUAGUAGCAUAUAAAAUCUGACAUAAUUAUGUACAUACUUAUAUUAUAUAUGUAUGUAUUAAUAUGAUUGUAUAAUUAAUUUAUUUUAUUAGGUUAAUUUUAAUAAUGAAAUAAAAACUUAUCAUUAAAAUUAA